AUGGCAUUGGUAUCAGCAGCCCCAUACUUGGCAUUAUUAAGUGAACAAGAUGAUAGUUUAAAGGAAUACGCUUUAUCAUCAUUGAAUGAAGUAGUUGAUCAAUUAUGGGCAGAAAUAGCCAAUAACAUCAGUGACUUGGAAGAAUUGUUUGAAGAUGAAUCAUUUUCCAAAAGACAAUUGGCUGCAUUGAUUAUAUCCAAAGUUUAUUAUAAUUUAGGUGAUUUUGAUGCGUCAGUUAAAUAUUCUUUAUCAGCUGGUGAUGAAUUUAAUAUUGAAGAGCAAUCUCAAUAUAUGGAAACCAUGGUUUCUCAAUGUAUCAAUCUUUAUAAUUCAUUAUCUCAACGUAAGUUUUUAGAUCCUAGCGUGGAAAUUGAUGGUAGAUUAACUUCAAUUUUUGAAAAGAUGUUGGAAAAAUGUUUACAUUCAAAUGAAGUAAAAUUAACCCUUGGUAUUGCAUUGGAAGCUUUUAGGUUGGAUGUAGUGGAAAAGAUCCUUCAAGAUCAAAUAUCUAAAAAUGAAGAAACAGGUUUGAAUUUAAUAAAUUAUGUUUUGGUUUGUUCCAAUUCAACAAUUAAGAAUUCAACUUUUAGAACUCAAGUUUUAAAUUCGUUAAUUUCAUUGUUAUUAACCUUGAAAGAGCAUCAAGAUUUCUUUACCAUCAUUAAGAUUAUUGUUCAAUUGAAUGAUUCUAAUAUUGCAGUAACAUUAUUCCAAGAAUUAAUCAAACAAGAUGAAGCUUUGAUUGCCUAUCAAGCUGCAUUUGAUUUAGUCAAUGCCGCAUCUCAAGAAUUAUUGGAAACAGUUCACACUCAAUUAUCUCAAGGCAUUGCCGCUUCCACUGAAAGCAAUGUUGUUGGUUCAAGAAUCCUUAAUAUUUUAACUGGUGUUCCAACCUGUGAUUUAGAUAACACAUUUUUAUACAAAAACAACAAUACUGAUAUUACAAUUUUAAACAAAACUAAAAACUUGUUAGAAGGAAGAAGUUCUAUUUUCCAUUCUGCAGUCACAUUUGCCAAUGCUUUCAUGCAUGCAGGUACAACUGAUGAUUCGUUCUUUAGAAAGAAUUUAGAAUGGUUAGGUAGAGCAACCAAUUGGUCUAAAUUCUCAGCCACUGCUGCCCUUGGGGUCAUUCAUAAGGGAAACUUAUCACAAGGUAGAACUAUCUUGAAACCAUACUUACCUGGGUCAUCCGGUACUGCUCAUACCAAAGGUGGAUCUUUAUUUGCAUUAGGAUUAAUCUUUGCUGGUCAUGGAAGAGAAGUUAUUGGAAACUUGAAAUCUUUUAUUGAUGAAAAUGGUAAUGCCGCCGGAAAUACAGAUACCGAUGUUAUGUUACAUGGUGCAGCCUUGGGUGCAGGUGUGGCUGGAAUGGCUUCUGGUAGUGAAUCACUCUACGAAUCUUUGAAAGUUGUCUUAUAUUCCGAUUCAGCGAUUUCUUCCCAAGCUGCCGCAUUGGCUAUGGGUUUAGUAAUGUUAGGAUCUGGUAAUGAAGCCGCAGUACAUGAUAUGUUAACUUAUGCUCUUGAAACUCAACAUGAAAACAUUAUCAGAGGUUUGGCUAUUGGUAUUGCUUUGUUGAAUUAUGGACUUGAAGAAAAAGCUGAUUAUGUGAUUGAUAAAUUAAUGAGUCAGGAAUCUUCAAUUUUAAGAUAUGGAGGUGCAUUUACCAUUGCAUUAGCUUAUGCCGGUACUGGAAGCAACAAUGCCAUUAAGAAAUUAUUACAUUAUGCGGUCUCUGACCCCAGUGAUGAUGUCCGUAGGGCUUCUGUAUUAUCAUUAGGUUUCUUAUUGAUUCGUGACUAUACCGCCGCUCCACAAAUUGUUGAAUUAUUAUCACAAUCCCAUAAUCCUCAUGUUAGAUAUGGUACUGCCAUGGCCUUGGGUAUUUCCUGUGCCGGUAGAGCAUAUGCUCCAGCUAUUGAGGUUUUGGAACCAUUAACCAAGGAUCCUGUUGAUUUCGUUAGACAAGGUGCUUUAAUGGCUUCAGCUAUGAUCUUAAUUGAACAGAAUGAAUCCAUCUAUCCAAAAGUCAAACAAUUCACCAAACAAUAUGCAGAUGUCGUCAAGAAUAAACAUGAGGAUGCCUUGGCUAAAUUCGGGGCUACUUUGUCUCAAGGGAUAAUAGAUGCUGGUGGAAGAAAUGUGACUAUUAGUUUGGAAAAUUCUCAAACUAAUACUUUGAACAUUAAAGCCAUUGUAGGAUUGACUGUUUUUGUCCAAUCUUGGUAUUGGUUCCCAUUAGCUCAUUUCUUGUCGUUAUCAUUCGUGCCUACUUCUAUUAUCGGGGUGAAUUCCGAGUUGAAAGCACCAAAAUUUGAACUCAAUUGUCAUACCAAUCCAGAAUAUUUCCAAUAUCCUGCCAAAGUUGAGGAAACUAAGGAAAAGCAACCGGAUAAACUCGCAACUGCAGUAUUGUCAACUACAGCCAAGGCAAAGACUAGAGCUAAGAAGAAGCAAAGAAAACAUGAAGGUGAAUCAGCAGCUGAGGAUAAAAUGGACAUUGAUGAUGCAAAAGCAGAUGAAGAACAAGAAAAUAAGAAUAAAUCAGAAGAGCCAAAAUCGGAAGAGAAGGCCAAGAGUGUCACACCAAAGGAAACUAAACCGUCUGAUGAACCUGUUCAAGUCCGUUAUUCCAAAACUCCAUACAAGAUUGAGAAUUUAUCGAGAGUGUUACCAUUGCAAUCCAAUUUCGUCUCAUUUCUUAAGGAUGAUAGAUUUGUUCCGGUUAGAAAGUAUAGAGGAUCCGGUGGGAUAAUAGUUCUUGCGGAUACUAAACCGGAAGAAAAAGUUGAGUUUAUUAAGACUGUUAGACAGUUAAAUAUCACUGAAGCACCAUUGCCGGAACCAUUUACUUUAGCUGGUGAUGAUUUAAAAGAUGACUUUGAAUAG